AAGUUUGGGACUAAUUUAAAAUGAGGGUAAUGGUUUGAGGAUAUAUGGUGAGAUUAUCUCAUACCAUUCUAUCAAUUUCACUAAUCAGAAUUCAAUGUAGAUUUGAAAAUCCGAAGUAUGAUCAAAGAAAUUUGUAAAAAAAGAAAGUCCAAUCCUAGCUUCAUCUGCAAUUCCCUUUCAAGUUUCAAUCUUUGGAAUCUUUCUCUCACAUUGCCAAGCCAGCCAUGUCUGCUCCUUUGGAUCCUUUUUGUAAAGAGUCUUUAAUGGGAAGUGAGGAAGCUAAAGACCCAUUGAAAGGGGUUGAUUGGAAAGCAAUUGGUAGUGAGUUGCAGAAGGACCCCAGUGCCAGUAAUAAACCUGUUGUAAAGAAACGACUUCCUAAGAAGAUUAGACAAAUUCCGGACUGUUAUUUCCUUCCUCGAAUGUCCAUGCCUUCCGCUAUUGCCUUCUAUGGAGCCUGCAUUGCUGGUGGAAUCGGUGCUGGGAUGCUGCUGGAAGUCUGGAUAAACAACAAGAUUAAAGAGGAUGGAGGUUUUAUAUGGGAGUUUGACAAAUAAGGUAUGGUGAGUUUCCCCAUCGUUCUCUUGCUGGCACUGUUUCAAUAUAAUAAAUUUAUACAUAUACUGGUAGCUAAAUCCAAUUAAUGACAAAGAGAAGAGAAAAUCUGGUUCUAGAUUACGCAAUACUUUAACAUAUCUCAACAGUGAACACUUUCCUGAGAAUCCGAUACCUUUACAUCUAAUUGUUUUUUGUCUCAAUCUGCAAAUUAGUUCACGGAACAUGAAAGGUAAAUCCAAAAUUGUUAACCCUUCACUCUAUAAACUUGAAUUUGCAGCAUUUUGUUUUCACAUCAAUUCAGUUUUCAAGUUGUUUAAGCAACAACAUUGCCUCUUCAAGGCAUAGGCAUAGCUUAUCUUUUUUUCUCCAUUGGUGAACAAUUUGAGCAAAGUAGUUUUUAGUUUUUUUGUAGUUUAUGUAAUUAAAAGAGGGCAAUCUUAUUCAUGGCAUUACCAGUACAUUACCAAAGGACCAGACUCGACAAACAACCUAAAGCCUAUUAAAAAACAUCAUUGUUGUUCAGAGCUAAUAACAAACAACGAGAAAGAAACAUCAAAGCUGGAAGCCAACAACAACUACAACAGGAAAGUCCUCAAUUAUGUGUCCCAAAAUGGGUCUUCACUCAUUGUCCAUCGAGUUCCCUCAGGAUGGGAACCAAAUGCUUAGGAUCCAAAGGUUUCUCAAUGAACACAUCAACACUAGCUGCCAGAAAUGCCUGCAUUUCACUUUCUCCCGACCAAGCUGUGACUGCCAACAUCUUACAACGCACCCCUAUUUCACGAUUCUGCCUUGUUACCUGCCCAUUAAUAAUAAGAAAAUAGAUGAUCACACAUGUUGAUUCUACAUAAAACAUGAAACACUUGGUUUUUGUAAGGUUGGUUACCUCAAGACCAUUCAGGACAGGAAGAAUCUUUUCGAGGAUGAUGAGAUUGAAUUUGGCACCGGAUGCAAUGAGGUCGACUGCAUCCCUGCCGUUGUCGACACCUAGAGUUUAAACCCUAUAAGAACGAAGAAGUUCCUGCUCCAGAAUUUGAUACAUCGUGUCUCCAUCAACUACAAGAGCUGUCAACCUGUUCCUCAGAACAAUUUCAGUAACUAGUUGUCGCUUGCGUUCUAGUCCUCCAUUGUACCAGUUAUCCUGAUCUGAUGCUUGAUCGCCCGAAGGUAAAGUUGGUGCCAUCAAUUUCCUGAGAUUAAAACAUGUUAUUGAAUAACAAGAGCAAAAACCCAAUGUAAAACAAGACCAAUGUGUUUGUUUACCUGUAAAAUAUUUUACAGAAAACAUUUUCAUUCUUUUCCGCUGUUUGUUUGGUGGAAAAUGACUUCCUAUUGUAAAAUCAUUUCAAAAACACGGGAAAAGAAGCCCUUUAUUUUAGGAAAACGUCUUACCGUUUUCAUUUGUUAAGACAUUUUCCAAAAAUUUUCUCUUCACCUGCAAACGAAUCCCCCUUCAUUCCCACCCCGAUUUAAUGCUUGCCGCCAGCCAACAACAGUUUUCAGCACCAGUCGCCGGUGUGGAUCUUUGAUUUACCCCUUUUCACCUUUCGUUGUCGAAAUCUGCACUGACCAGUUGGCGCUGGCGUUCAUCUUCAUCUCUCGAAGGCACUUGUCAAUGUGAUUAGCAACCCUGUCAAUUCAACCGUUCCAAUUGCAGCUGAGGUUUUCAAGAAGGCAAGGACAUAUGAUGAAAAAAAGCUGUUUGGCGUCACUACCCUUGAUGUAAUUAGGGCUAAGACUUUCUACGCUGAGAAGGCAAAAGUAAACGUUGCAGAGUUUUUUGUGAAAACCCAUCAGAGUUUUGCUGCUUGUUUAUCAAGAAAUCCAUUGGUUUAUUUGUUUUGAAAUGUUCAACCACUAAUGUUGGGAUCGUGAGCCUUGUUCCACCAUUGAAGCUUGAAGCACCCAAAGGAAAGGCACCAUUGUAGAUUCAAGAACCGGCAACACCCUACAAUGCAAGGCCUUGGACCAUGCAGAUUCAUUAGGUCUUGUACUAAUAAAAGUAGCAGAACAAGGAGCUUGAUUAACUAGUUGGUCAAUGCAUUGAUGAGUCUCCAACAUCCACAUUCAGAAACUGGAAUCCAUGCUGUCAAAAUCUAUGGUCCAAAAGUAAUGUUUGAUCGAGGUCCAACAGUGGCUUUCAAUGUAUUUGAUUGGAAAGGGGAAAGGAUUGAUCCUGCAUUAGUGCAAAAACUGACUAAUAGGAACAAUAUUUCAUUGUGCAUUGGGUGUUUACAACACAUUUGGUUCAGUGUUAAACAUAAAGAAAUGAAGGAAAAAGAUGAGUUUUAGCCUGGGAUAGAUGCUACAGCUACAAUUGGGUUCCUUACUAGUUUUGAAGACAUUUAUAGGCUUUGGGUAUUUGUUUCAAAGUUCUUGGAUGCUGAUUUUUUAGAGAAAGAGAAAUGGAGAUAUAAAGCUAUUAAUCAAAAAACAAUUGAAAUUUAGUCCAAGAA